AUGUCGACAAAGUGCAAAGUUGUUUUCCUCGGUUCGGCAGGUGUUGGAAAAACAUCUCUCCUCAACAGAUUGAUGACAGAUGAAUUUUCUAAUCAGUAUAAUACAACAAUUGGCGUUGAUUUCUUCACAAAACCAGUACAAGUUCAAGGAAGAACAGUAACUCUGCAAAUUUGGGAUACAGCAGGUCAAGAAAGAUUCAAAUCUCUUAUGCCAUCAUAUAUUCGAGACUCUUCAGUUGCUGUUAUCGUUUACGACGUCUCAGAUGAGAAAUCAUUCGAUGAGGCACAGGAAUGGUAUGAAACAGUAAUGCACGAAAGAGGUAAUGAAGCUAAAUGCGUCCUUGUAGGUAAUAAAAUUGACUUAGAAAGAAGAGUUGACUUAAAACAUGUUGAUGAUUUCGCAAAACCACGCCAAAUGCAGACAAUUGAAACUUCCGCAAAAACUUCUUCUGGAGUAGCAAGAUUAUUCAAAUUAAUCAGCGAAUUAGCUCCAGAUGUUACAAAAAUUCCUCAAGUUUACGUUCUUCCAAUAGAGCCAAAACCAAUUGAACAAAAUAGAGAAGGUUGCCAGUGCUAA